UCUCUCUCCCCUCUCUCUCACUCGAGUCUUCAUGGCUAGCAUAUCUAGGCCUACCCGAACCACCGUGGCCCGAUCUGGCGGGAAAAUAGUGAGAAGACGACGCACUGCAGCCGCGAAAACCCCCUACGACCGCGCACCACCGCCCCCACCUCCCAAGGGCCCCAAUUGGCUCACCGGACUCGUAUUGCCGGCUACAAAAAUGAUUGCCAGUGGUGCCGGGAGGCUUCUCUCCUCCGUUUUCACUGCUGAUACUUCCUCCUCCUCUUCUUCGUCUUCGGAGGACGACUCCGCUUCUGAUGAUAGUGUUGAUGGUGGCAAUGAUUAUGACAUUCCUUCUCAAAGGAUUGAAAUCUUAAAUAAGGUACAUGAUAGUGUUGAUGGUGGCAAUGAUUAUGACAUUCCUUCUCAAAGGAUUGAAAUCUUAAAUAAGCAUCAUCUCUCUAUCUGCAAACAAUGGCAUCUUCGUGACCUACAUCUUCAUAUAACCCCACACAGCUCGAUUGUUGAAAGCCACAUUGGCGUUGUUGACAAAGAGAGUCCUACACAGAUUUGGCCAUAUUACUUUGACGGGAGAGAUAAGAGUUUGGCAGUACCGGCUGCAAAUAGAGGAAGUGCUAUGGUUAACUAG